CCACGUGACAAGAGAGAUGUUUCUCUCGCGGUAGCAGCCAUCAUUUUACUCAACACAAAUCCACCCUAAAUAAAGAAAGAAGCGCGGAGAUAAAAACGAAAAGUCAUGGACUAGCAGAGGAAUUAUCUUGGAGUGGUUUCCUUCUACACCCUUUGCCUCUUUGAUUUUAUUUACCAUCUUUUAAAUUUUUACAGGUGGGCUUGACCAACACGUGUUGACCUAGUCGCCUAGCAACAGCGGCGCCGUGAGGACGGGGGCAGUCACCUGAUUGGCCAGAGAGAGGCUGCUGUGGGGGGAGGGUCCACAGCGUAGGAUUUUUUUUUUCCUUUUUUUUUUUUUUUGAGGCGGGGGGAAAGGUUGCGCUGAAAUCCACCCGGAGCAUGGGGCAGAAGGUUCCCGGAGGAAUCAAGACUGUGGACAUGCGGGACCCUGCGUUUCGGCCGCUGAAGCUGGAGCUGCAGGCCCUGGACUGCACCAAGCCGGCCCGGCUGGACAUGCUGCUGGACAUGCCCCCCGCCGCCCCCGAGGUCCAGGUGCAGCACUCGUGGAACAACGACGACCGCUCGCUCAACAUCUUCGUCAAGGAGGACAACAAGCUGGUCUUCCACCGGCACCCCGUGGCGCAGAGCACGGACGCCAUCCGGGGCCGCGUGGGCUACACCCGCGGGCUGCACGUGUGGGAGAUCAGCUGGGCCAUGCGCCAGCGGGGCACCCACGCCGUGGUGGGCGUGGCCACGGGCGACGCCCCGCUCCACUCCGUGGGCUACACGGCGCUGGUGGGCAACAACCACGAGUCCUGGGGCUGGGACCUGGGCAGGAACAAGCUCUACCACGACGGCAAGAACCAGCCCGGCAAAACCUACCCCGCCUUCCUAGAGCCCGACGAGACCUUCAUCGUGCCCGACUCUUUCCUGGUGGUUUUGGACAUGGACGAGGGCACCCUGAGUUUCAUUGUGGACGGACAGUAUUUGGGGGUCGCCUUCAGGGGACUUAAGGGCAAGAAACUGUACCCCGUAGUCAGCGCGGUGUGGGGACACUGUGAGAUCAGGAUCCGCUACAUUAACGGACUUGACCCUGAACCCCUCCCCCUGAUGGACCUGUGCCGGCGCUCAGUCAGAAUGGCGCUGGGAAGGGAGCGACUGAGCGAGAUUCACGGACUCCCCCUGCCCGCCUCCCUCAAGAACUACCUGCUGUACCAAUGACGAUGGGAGGAGCGUGCGCGCGUAGACCGCGGCGGGACGGGGUGCCCUCAU